AUGACGAAUUGGGAAUUAAAUGUCCUCACGUCGACGCCAUCUCUCUCCCUCUUCCCUUCUCCCUCCAUCACUCCUUAUUCUCUUCUCACUCUUUCUCCUCCUCCUCCUCCCUUCUUUCUGCUUCUCUGUUCCUCUUCCCUUCUGUCUCCUUCUCCCCUCUUCCAUUCUCUUUCCCUCUUCUCUUCUGUCUCCCUCUACCUAUUCCCUUCUCUCUCGCUCUCAACAUCUUCACAUUUCUUCCUAUCUUCCCAUCUAUCUCCCCCUUCCCUUCUCUCCCCUUCCAUCUCUUUCUUCCCUUCCCUCUCCUCUUUUAUCUCUCCUUCUUUCUCUAUUCCCUUGUCUCCCACUUCCCUUCUGUCUCCCUCUCCCCUAUUCCCUUCUCUCACUUUUUACGUUCUCUCUUUCUCUUCCCUUCUUUCCCCAUCUUCCCUUCGACCUCCCUCUUCUCUUCUCUCCCCUCCUCCUGUUUCUUUUAUUUCCUAUUCUCUUCUGUUUACGUCUUUCCUUCUGUCUCCCACUUCCCCUAUUCCCUUUUCUCUCCUUAUCUCUUCCUCUUCGAUUCUCUCCCCAUCUUCCGUUCUACCCCCUCCUCCCUUAUCUCCCCUCUUUCUUCCUCCACGUCUCUCUAAUUCUCUUCCCCUUCUCCUCUUCUCUCUCUUGCUCUCUCUUUCUCUCUCUCUCUGUCUUUCUCUUUUCUCCAUGUUGUCUACUUCUUUCUUUUUUGUUUCUCACUUCUCUUACUCUCUUCUCUUUCUCUCUUUUCCCCUCGUCUCUCUCCCUCUCUCUGUCCGUCUCUUAGCGUUACUCUCGUUUUAUACUAAUUCUAUUUUUCUUUCUAUCUACCAUGAUUUAUUAUUUUUUAUUUCUCCACUAAGUCAGUUUUUCUUCCUAGUUAUUAUUGUAUUUCUCACUCUCUCUUACUCUCUUCCCCUGACACUUAAAUCUCUCCCAUUUCAUUCUUCAUUAUUACAUUCCUACUACAUUCUUCUCUUCUUUAUAUCUUUUCUCUUGAUUUUUCCUUUUUCUUUCUGUCAUUUUCGUUACCACUUUAUCAAUCACUCAAUCACUCUCCUUUCUUUAUUUCUCUCCAUUUCUCUCUCUCUCUCUCUCUCUCUCUCUUUCUCUCUCUCACUCUCACACACACAGCUAUCUUUUUUUUUGCUCUUGUACUUGAUAAACUCUUAUUUAUUUAUUUUUUAA